AUGUCGCUGUUCCGCGCGCGGGAAUGGUGGAGCGCGCGAUCCGAGGGGGAGGGAGAGGAGGUUAGCGGCAGCCUGCUGAUAGCGAACGUAGACAACAGUCCCGAAGAGGAGGACAAACUCGUUGUGGGAGGCUUGUCAGGAGUUCUCAGGAUCUACAGGCCUGCAGGGAGGGGAUACAAGCCGGCAGACCUGAUGCUAGAGGCUCAACUGGGAGCUCCGAUCCUGCAGGUCGAGGCCGGUCGGUUCUCCCAGCAUUCUCCGAAAGAAAUUGCACUUGCUGUCUUGUUCCCCAAGGCUCUGGCGGUCUUCUGCGUGUCUACGACUGUGGUACAGGGGGAGGCGACAGAUGACUCAUUCAUCAACUUGUCGCUGCUGUACAAGCAUGAACUGAAGCGGUCUGCUUUCAAUUUCACUUAUGGAAGCUUCGGAGGAACCAAAGACAAGGAUAUCAUUGCUGUUCAGUCGCUGGAUGGAGAACUUCUCUUCAUUGAGCACGAGCAGGUUACUUUCAGCAAAUUUCUACCCAACUUCCUUGUGCCUGGUCCGAUGUGUUACUUGCCGCAACCUUUUGACGCCAUCGUCACAGUGAACUCUCAGUUUGAGUGUCAGUGCUUCAAGUACAGCACUCUGUCUUCUUCUUCGGGAGGCAACAUUGCUUCAGAAGACGACAGGGAAAAAGAAAACAGGAGAGCUCGGACGGAGUGGACGACAUGUCUUGGUGAAAGCGCGAUCCAAGUGCAAUGUUUCAAACCACCUGGCUACUUGACUUCUGAGAAAUAUGAGAUAGUCAUUCUCGGUGAGAGGAGUGCCUUCUGGCUCACUGGUUCUGGCUCGAUCCGUGCCUCAAAGGAGAUGGAACAGCCGAUCACUUGCAUGUAUAGUUACGUUGUUCAAGCGCAGGAAAAGGCUGUCAACUUUUUGUUUGGAACUAUAUCUGGCCAGCUACUUGUCUAUAAUUACGAUCUAAAGUUGCUCUGGGCUGCUUUGUUGGAUUUCCCACCCAUUAGCGUUGGUAUAUUGUCGGCUGGUGGAGUAAGAGGACUCGUAGGAACUCUGGGGGAAAACGGCGAUGUGAUGCUAUCAUACAUGGGAACUGAGCCCCCAUCGCAGAACAUUCAAGUUACGGUGAAAUUAUUCGUGUCAUAUACAGGCCAAGAUUCUUUGGAAAACAUCAAACUUACCGUGAAAGUUCCUGAGCCAUUCACGUGUAACAUAGAGAACAAGGAAAUCCCUUUUCUUGAAGGUGGAAGCGGUACUCCGAGGACGAUCUCCUUGGUCUUCGGGGUGUCCUCGCCCAGCCUGCCUACAGGAACAGAAGUUUCUGUGGUCGCCGCGUAUCAAUCUAAAAGUGGCGAUCCGCGAAUAGUUUCAAGCUCCUUUGCCCUGCCCCUUGCAUUGUGUGGACGAGGAAUCCCUCCUGUCAAAGAUGGAGCGUACAAAAUCACUCUUGACAUCAACCAAGAGCCACCCUCUCUCCUGGCCUUGUUCGAAGAUAUUCCUUUUCAAGGCGGCUCUACGCUGCCGAAUGUUUUCAGCUUCUUAUACCAUGAUGGAACACAAACCACCAUCAUCGUAGCCAAGAACACCAACAGAUUCCGAAUACAAUCUGCUGCUUUUGCCUCGCUUGCUCUCCUUUCAAGUGAACUAGCAAGGAGGUUGAAGCUACAUUUUGCGAAUGCUGAGGACGAAUUUAUGAUUGGUUUCAACGAUGAUUUGGGGGAACAAUUGAAUAUUUAUUCCACCGUGAUUGAUUCGCAUUUUGAUGCGAGAAAAGCAUUGAAGAGUCUACACGAUGAGUUGGAAAUUUUUGCUAAAGAAUUCCGAACGAUCCAAAAACGUCUCCUCGUUCGAUACAAAGAUAGGAAUGCGUCGUCGCUAAUGGGAAUGGACAAGUUGCUUUCUAUGUCAUACGACCGCAUAGUAUCGUGCGCGGAAAAGGGAGAGAAAAUGCAGCAAGAACUCAAGUCACGUGCAAAUCAGCUGUCGAAUGCAACGCGCUUGAUGUUGUUAUUGUUACGAUUCAAGUUCCAACUUGAUGAUGAUGGUUUCAACAUCCUAGAGGAUCACUGGAGCCCUCGAGUGGUCGAUUGUGAAACGCAAUACGGAUGGGAAGAAGCUACUGAGCUCUCACUUGGCCUGCUGCUCAAGACAGCUUUGUCCAAGAGUGGACAACGAGAGGCGACGCUGCCUCAGGAACCUCCCAAGGCUGCGGGUGACACAUCGAAACUGAAGAAGCUGAUGGUACAAGUGUGCGAGAGGCUGGCCGCUCAACAAGCAUGA